AUGACUAAUAGGAGUGGUUUGUGGACUCGUCUUCUCCACCAACGGCUGAGGUGUUGGUGCCGUGGAUUUGGUGGUAGGGUUAGUGGGCUCUUCGGUGGUGGCAUUCAGAAGUGGACGGGGAGUUGUGGUGUGACCCCCAACCAAGUCAAACAACUGCUUAAUCCAAUCCCCGAUCACAUCAAAUACACCGUCAACUGGCGUGCAAUUGGAUUGGUUGAUAAGACUCGUGAACCCAAUCGCCACGAUCUUCGAGCUGUUCCCGGCCCUCGUGUUGGCCCUCAUUAUCGCCUGGAGCACCACAAACCAGACACUGUCCUACACCUCGAUGCCAUCCGAGGCCCGUAUGCCCUCUAUUACACCCCAAACACAUCAUUCACUUGGGAUCUAAUGAACACAUUGAAGACAAUCAGUGGUUGGACUGUCACCGCAAUGAGAGACCCGGAAGAGCUCCGGGAGUUUAUGAGCAAAACAACUAACAAUAGUGGGAAUACCCGUCUCGUUAAGACAGUUAAUGACAUCCCAAUUAAGACUGAGAAUCAGACGGUCCUUAUCAAUGAGGCGUUCCUCACAAAAGUGGCCAAAGAUUACGGUGUGAACCACAAGAAGACCAAAGAGAUUGAGUUCUGGAUGUUUCCCGGAUUCAAAGACUCUGACACCCGGCCAUUCAAUCGCAUGUCCAGAGGUGACCUCAUAUCGGUGUCCAUAGUGUUUGGGUAUAUCGUGUUGUGUCCGCUGAUUGUCCGGCGGGUGACGAACGAGAAGUCCAUUAAAGUCAAAGAACUGAUGCGAAUGAUGGGAAUGUCUGAUUGGGUCUUCUGGUCCUCCCAUUUCAUCAAUUAUCUCAUUGUCAUGUCUGUCCACACAUUCAUAUUUACAAUGCUCUGGUGUUAUGGCUUUCCGGCGAUAGGUGUGGGCGAUGGUCGGGCACUCUUUCACCUCAUAAAUGCCAUCCUAUUCUUCAUAAUUGUACUCAUUUUCUGCAUCCAAACGAUUCUGUUUUGUAUGGCUUUCUCCACACUAUUUAACGGACCCGUAGUGUCCGUCAUAGUGAUGGUCGUCGUAUACACCCUCAUCUACGGCGUCGGUAUGUUUUAUUUGCACCCGUUUUUCACCCUCAAAGAGGACGACGCAUACACUUUGCGACUCAUUUCGUCGGUAUAUCCGACGUAUGGUCUGACGUGGACUAUGGCUUUGAUCGGACGGUGGGAAUGGUUUGGAGUCGGAGUCGGAUUUAAAGAGCUCUUCUCGAAGGUCCCGUAUAUUGGCUUAGGUUUAGGGGAAGUACUGGUCGUACAGAUACUGUCGUGCCUUUUGUGGGCGUUUGUGAUCUGGUAUUUGGACGCCGUUUGGCCCUUUCAGUACGGAGUACCACAACCCGUGUACUUCCCGUAUCAGCCCUCCUAUUAUUGGCCACAAAAGUCCCGUUCAGUAAAAGAUGUCGAAUCGACGGCCAAUUCGGAUGCGAAUCCAAACAAUGAAAGUCAACCGAAAGACAGCAAAGUUAUGAUAUCUUUGAGAAAGAUAUCAAAAGAUUUCGGUGGCGGACGAGGGGUUAAAGACAUGUCUUUAGAUAUCUUCAGUCAACAAAUUACUGUUUUGUUGGGACAUAACGGCGCCGGAAAGACCACUACAAUGAAUAUGAUUACCGGUAUAUUCCCUCCGACUUCGGGAACAGUUCUCGUUAACGGAUACGAUGUGAUGACAGCCACCCGAGAGGCCAGAAAGAGCAUUGGGUUGUGUCCACAGGAAAAUAUUCUCUUCAAUGACUUGUCUGUUGAACAACACCUCAGACUUUAUGCCGUUUUGAAAGACUGCCCGAAAAACCAGUUAAAUGCGGAAAUCGAUAGAGUAUUGUCUGUCAUCCGACUGAUAGACAAGAAGUUCUGGAGAAGUAUUUUACUGUCGGGAGGAAUGAAACGAAGACUUAGUUUAGGAAUCGCUAUAAUCGGCGCAACAAAAGUCCUGAUACUGGAUGAGCCGACCUCUGGAUUAGAUCCAGAAGCUCGCAGAGGGAUAUGGGAUGUAUUGGAAGAGUUCAGACAAAAGAAGACAAUACUAUUGACCACUCAUUACAUGGAAGAGGCGGAUGUAAUGCCUAUUGUUGUAUUGGGCGACAGAAUAGCCAUUAUGUCUGAAGGUGUCCUCAAAUGUUGUGGAUCUGCAAUGUUUCUGAAGAAGCGAUUUGGCGCCGGAUAUCACCUGAGAAUCUUAAAGUCAGACAAUUAUAAGAAGGAAGCGGUCGAUGAGAUACUCAAAAGACAUUUACCCGACAGUCGUCUUCAGAGCGAAAUCAAUACUGAAGUCAUUUAUUCACUCGAAUCGGAGGACACAUCCAAACAAACCGAUAAAAAUGUUUUCCCGAAACUGUUUGACGAACUCGAGAGUCGGAAACAGGAGAUCGGUAUCCAAUCGUUUGGCAUAACUGUGAUCACAAUGGAAGACGUCUUCUUGAAAGUGGGUUCCGAUGGAGAGGUCGACCACAAGUCGAAGAAUACGAAGAAUACUGAGACGAAGACAACGAAUUACACGAACCUGAUUGGAUUUAAACUCAUUUUGCAAUCAGUUUACGGUUUAUUAGCGAAACGUUUUCAUUCAGGUCGUCGGCAUUGGUCUACCGUUUCGUUUCAAAUCAUAAUACCGGCGCUUCUCUUCAUUCUCAUCCUCUAUAGUGACGAAACUUUAUGGAAAGACAUUUGGAUUCUUCAAACAAAUGACACCAAUUCAGAAGACUUUGGCCUCAAAUACUAUAUUCCAAACGCUAGAAGACAUGGUAUGUCUGCAGCGCUUCUGAAGACUGAGAGUCCGAACGAAUGGCUGAUAACUAAGUCUAAGAGUUUCGAGGAAUAUGUUAUGAAGUAUACAAUGGGAGCGUCUGCUAAUGAAGCAUCUGGAUCCUUUUUACUGCAAUUGUGGUAUAGCCUUGAGUCCACACACUCUCUGCCGCUUUCCAUUAAUUUAAUGUACGAAUCGUUGGUUCAGUAUUUUAUAUCACAAAUGAGAAAUGACUUCACAAUUACCACAACCAAUGAGAUACCGAAACCCAAGAAUGAGUUCACUGAAGAACCUGGAUCCAAUAUCGCCAGUGCUAUCGUCACAUGUGUUCUUCUAAUGCCAAUAGCCCUACCAUUUCUGGGCGCCUCAUAUGUCGUGUAUCCCAUUCAAGAAAUGGUUUCAAAGUCAAAGUUACUUCAAUUGAUGACCGGUUUGUCUUCAUUCACGUAUUGGCUCUCAAACUAUUUGUUUGAUUUGUUAAACCAUUUGCUGGCGAUAGUCCUAUUGAUGUUAAUUAUCUAUAUCUGUGACAUAAACUACAUAUUCUUUUACGAUUCAGAGGCUGUAUUUGCAUUAUUCCUCUUACUAUUCACGUUUGGUUUACCAUGUGAUGAAAUCAGCACUUUAUCCAUUGAUGGUAUGGGUGUCGGUCGGGAACUCAUAUGUUUGGCCGCAUCUGCGCUCAUAUUCUUAAUCCUAUUGUUUAUUAUCGAAGAUCUCUGCAGAUGUCUUAAACGUCGCGCUUAUGACCCGAAUCUGACUCUAGUUAUGCCUAAAGACGAAACGGUAGACUCGGAUGUAAUGGCUGAGAGACAACGAGUGGAUGAGUUGAUGAAGAAUAAGGAGUUGAGAGCACAGGAAGGGAUAGUUGUGGUGAAUCUGAACAAGUCUUUCGGUACGUUCACAGCCGUCAAGAAUCUGUCAUUUGGUGUCCAUAAGAACGAGUCCUUCGGUCUGUUGGGAGUGAACGGCGCCGGAAAGACCACCACUUUCUCGAUGCUUACCGGAGAGGAAUUGCCGGACGAUGGGAACGCCUACAUUGAGUCCAUCGAUUUGAUGGCAAACAACAAGUUGUUUGAGAGUCGUAUCGGUUAUUGUCCACAAUUUGAUGCCCUUCUCGACCGACUGACCGGCGAAGAGAUGCUAUACUUAUUCGCACGACUGCGAGGAAUCCCCUCCGAUGUCGUCGCCAAUGAAGUCACGGCUGUUAUCCACGCAAUAGAUCUGCAGAACCACUGCAAGCACUUGACCCACAAUUACAGCGGAGGUAACAAACGAAUGCUAUCUCUGGGUCUGUCUAUCACCGGUCGACCGGCGCUCGUGUUUCUGAACGAACCGACGGCUGGUGUGGAUCCGGUCGCCCGCAGGAAGAUGUGGCAGACGUUGGAGAAGUUGAAGAGCAGUAAGAACUCGUCGAUUAUCCUCACCUCUCACUCGAUGGACGAAUCGGAAGCCCUGUGCACUCGCAUUGCUAUUAUGGUUAGGGGUUCCUUCAGAUGCUUGGGAUCCACUCAACAGCUGAAGUCAAAGUUUGGACAGGGAUUCACUUUUAUCAUCAAAUUGAAGCUACAAUUAGUGGCCAAUGAGUACACCAAUCGAGUCGAUGCUUAUGUCAAACAACACAUCCCAUCGGCUGUGUUAAGGGAUUCACACGAAUGUCAUCUUCAUUACCACAUAACAGACACAUCCACUCAAUGGUCACAACUGUUUCAUGUGAUGCAAAGCGCGCACAAAGAGUUAGAUCUCGAGGACUAUAAUCUGAGUGAUACUACUUUGGAGCAGAUAUUCCUCUCAUUUGCUAAACAAAAGUGA